AUGUCGGAUGCUCCCGGUGAGGUUCCGUUCUCGUUGAAUGAAGUAGACGCGAUGGGAAUGGGAAUUGACUUGAGCGGCGGUGGCUGCUGCGGCACAGGCGUCGCUGCCGCUGCUGCGGCUCAGGCGUCAGAGCAGUCUCUUUUAGACCAGUUGGGUUUCUUUGAUGACCCCAACGUGUGCAUCGUAUGCGGCGAGCCCCGGUACAUGCGUCAUCGUUUCUGCAAGCCCCACAAGUCACUGGCCGAGUCCUUGCGAGUGGACGCAGAGCGACAGGACCUUGAUAAGACCAAGGCCACAGGAACCAAGACGACAGAGUGUUCAGAUGCGCACAAGGAGGCCAUGGCAGAUCCAGCGAGGUGCGUGAUGAAGAUGAAAAUGGCAGAGGAGGCUAACCCCAGCGCGAGCAAAGGCAAGAAGCGCAUCAAGUUCGACCACAUGGACCAUGCCCACUCGUUUCGCAAACAGAACGUGGCAGAGGACUUCAAUCUGCUAAAGAAGGUCGACUUCAUCGAAUUCAGCACCACGAUGGAAAGGAAGCGCAGAUGGACACCUGCGCGUUCUUUGCAGGAGUGGGACAAGCUCAAGGACGACCCCUCGAUUGGCCGAGAUAACCUUGGACAAGAGAAAGGCUUUGAGCUCAGGCUGCACCUCAAAAAGGGUGACUAUGUAAAGGUUGGCACUGCGUCAAUCGAGGAGAAGUCGCUGACGAAUACCUCCAAGAAGAUGAAGUCAGCAUCAGCAGACGAGUUGUCGCAGAUGAGGGCAGAACUCAGCAUGGGCAUGCAGACGUUCGGCGGCGACUUCCACAGCGUUGGCGCCAGCAGCUCCAGCGCCAACUCAUCUAGCCCAGCCGCCUCCAUGGAGGGCGCGGGCGGCGGCGGCACGCCCAAUGGCAAGCAGCCUCCGCCGCUGGACAUGGCCCUCCGCGCCAACACGUCCAGCAAGAUCGCCAGGGAGCAAGACCUCGAGAUCGUGAAGUUGUGCGAGGCCGCCCUCAAGGGGCAGGAAGCCAUCGAGCGCAAGGAUGUGUCGAUGGCCGAUGACAAGGCCCACUUUGACAUUGUACAGCAGCGGCUCAACAUGCUCUUACUGGUGCUUCUACUGGUGCAUCGGGAGCCCAACAAGGAGCUCCCUGAGGGCAAGGUUGCGUGGUGCCACCAGAGGAUCCUAUCCCAGGAGAAGCUCAUGAAACUGUUCGUGACUUCUAUCGUUGCCGACAGCCCUGCGAACGACGUGGUAGACGUCGAGAAGGAGGUUAACAUCGAGCAGAACAAAAUCAUCUCCAUGCUUGAGGGGUCUGCAUAUGUUCCAAUUGAGAACCCGCAGAGCUUGAAGAACGUUGGAGUGAUCGCCAUGCUUGCUCACCAGGUGACAACGAUGGAGAGUACAGCUACGGUGAAAUCAGCUCUCAGCAACUGGGUGGAAACAAAGUUGGCGUGGAAGCAGUUGGCCAAGGCCCUGAACAAAAGCAUCACUGACCUCAAUGGGAACAUCAAGCGGCGCUUCGACGCGCAGAAAACGGAGCAGAAGGCACGAGUUCGAAUCAACACAGACAUCUUUAAGCUCAAGGUCGAGGCGGACAUGGUGGCCCCGGUGCACCGCAGCGACGCAGAGUUCUUGGAUGGAGCGCCGCAGGUUGACUACACCAAGCCGUUCGUUGUCGUGAGCGCGGCCGUGCAGAACUUCGCCGAGGGGAAGCUUGCCCAGCCCAUGCUGCAGAGGUUCUUGGCUCAGUACAAGGGGGUGCCUCAGUUCAAGGACCCCACUGGGGAGGGCCGCAUCUUCGCGCCCGUGUCGGCGGCGACCGUGGCCCAGGCGAUGAAGAGCUUGAUUCACACCUUUGUCCCAAAGGAGAACCAUCCAAACAUCGAGCCCACUGUUGUCGACAUGAAGAAGUUAACGUGGCCAUGGCUCUGGGGCAUGAGGGAGGACCUCGUCCACUCCAGUCCGGAGUCUCACGGGCUGGGGUCGAUCCGUAUCGUUCUCGGUGGAGGGGUUUCCAUAAUGUGCUUGAUCGGUGAUGCAGCGACAGGGCUCAGUUUGGGCAUAAAUGUCGAGAACGCGCUGCUGGAGUCGAACAUCCUUCGUUUCAGCUGCAUGUCGCAAGAGGACCUCACCAAGAUGAAGGGCCAGGUGUUCUACAUGAGCGCGCCCACGCACAGCGUCGUCUACCUACCUCCAGGCUGCCACGUUAUCAUGGCACCGACCAACAAGCCGUGCAACAUGUACGGAUUCAAGCAGCUCGUGAUGCCAGAAUCGAUUUCGCCUCUUCAGAUGACCAAGAUGAUGCUUCCAUGGACUUCUAUUUUCUCAAACUCGUUCAUGCUGAAGGAUAGGAACAUCCUUGAUGCUAUGAUCAACGUCUGGGACCCAGAUGGGGCCUUCCGCCAGACCAAAAGCGAAGAACUGAAGGUGAAGCAGCAGCCCCCAGAUGGACUGGGUGAUGGAGGUGAGCGUGGCGAGGACCUCAGCACGAGCGCGAUGGCCACGCCUGUCGGAGCGCCCCCAGAGCAGCGAAGCCCAGCGUCGCCAGAUCUUGAAGAUCUUGAUGGGGGUCGGGAUCGUGCUCCUGGGCACUCGGUGGAUGCGCUGUUCGAUACUGGUGGAGCUGCAACUGAGGGUCCAGUGGCUGCGGCUGCACCAUGUGAGCCAUUGGCUCCAACAGACUUGGGCGUGGUCCAGGGUGCGUCCAAUGCCACGGAGGUUCAGGAGGACGGGGAGGAGGAGGGCCGCAAGGGCACCCCAAUGGACGGCGCCCAUGGCCAGGCCGACCAGACGUCCAGCCAGGAGAAGGAUGAGGCGUCCAGGGAGGCCGACAAGAAGUCCAAGGACGACGAGGUGAUGGGCGAGGUGGGUGCGAGCGACCUGGACCAGGAGGGCGAGAACCACGGCGUGGUGACGGAGGCCGCGCUGUCCGACCAGAAGGAGGGGGCCGCGCUGGCCGACGAGGAGGCCAAGGCGGCGGCCAUAGCAGCCAACCUCGGCUCGCCGGAGACGGCGGCCGCGCCGACCGACCAGGGCCCCACCGCCAGGGAGCACAAAGAGGCUGAGGCCUCGGCUGGCGGCGCGGCCGCAGGCGCCGCCAAUGACUCGCUGACCAUGAUGGUUGACGCCACCGCGGCCUUGGCUGGUGGGGUGACGGCGGCCGCGCCGACGGAUGAGGCCGCCUCAGCUGGCGGCGCGGCCGCAGGCGCGGCCGAAGCCUCGGCUCCGCCCAAGAAGAGAUCCAGGGUCACGGCCGAUGCCCCAACCAGCAAGGUCGCCGCUGCGGCCAAGACGCCACCUGGUGCGGCCAAGGCGCCCACCUCUUUUUCCACGGCCGCUGCGACGAAGGCCCCCUCGGUGGCCAAGGAGCUGCCCCCUGCUCCUCCAGCGCCGCCCCCUGUGGCUUCCAAGGCCGAGAGCAAGAAAGGAAAGGCGCAGCCCAAGUCCAAGGGCUCGCUGGACCCGCCGAUUGCGAAGGCUUUCAGGCAGGGUUCGCGCAAAGGCAGCUAG